AUGCGAGCUAUCAAUAAUCUUACCGACUUGUGGCAACGGCGCGCAUCCCGGGAAGAGACCGCGCAGGCUGUGCAACCGAAUCAAAUCCCCACACAGCAACAACAAGAGGUGGUGCACGAGGCCACGUCCGACGUUUUGCCAAGGGAGGAAAUUCAGCCAGAUACACCUCUCAGUGAACUCCUCACUUCAUCUGAUCACGAACCGGAAGAAAGACACAACAUAGAGCAAUGGAUCAGUCUCGUCGAGAGAUUGCCAGCGGAUAAUGGCAUCAGAGACGCGAUGCGCUCCGUCAUUCUAGACUCGGAGCAAUACUACCUGUUUUUCAUGGAAUCACCGGCGGACGCGCUGGAGGAAGGCCGGGGUGCGCACACACAAACAACAGAGGAUUACAACGACGAUGCAGAGAGGUUCCUCGCAGAGUGGUGGGCGAUGGCGGAGGAAGCCCUUGAUGUUAGGCAGUGGUUCGUCCUUCAUCAAACACUGCAGGCAUAUUGGAAUAAUCAGGUGGAGGACGUCGUCUUGGUUGCUACCGUCCGACUGUUAUUCGCCCCCGAUAUCAUACUGGACGAACAGUCCAACUACUUCCACCUACACAAGCUGUGGCUGGUCUUCAGGGAGGUAAUAUUCACGGAGCCGGUGUCCCUUGUCAAAUCCUCGCGAGAGACGGGCCCAACUCAAUUCGCACCGAAGGCGACCGUGCCUGAGGACCCUUCAUCACAACUCACGCUCGACGACGAACAGAACCACACGGCCGACAUGACGACGUCAAAAUAUCAGCGCCCUCACCAGCGCCUGGUUCAACUCUUGUUCCUUGCGUCCGCCUCAACCGCAACCAUCAUCAGCAUCGGAGGAACUUCUCUCACCCUCUCAAACUUUCAGCUCAUCACCCAGCUGUCCGUACCUUUGGGUUGUUUACUGGCCUACAACAACCCCAUCCAAGGAUGCACAGCGAACGAUUUCGCAUCCGGCGCGACAUGUUCGGCUUCGUGUAGGCGCGGCCUGUUGCGCAUGCAGGACAACCUCAAGGACGCAUGCCAGGCAGUCCAGGUGCAGACUAACACUCUACUGGGCCAGGCUUUGGCAGGAAACCUCGUUGGUCUCCUCUGCCCAAGCAACCAGCCUCAGCCGACGUCAGCAGCACCAACUCUUAAGCCGAGUUCGACUGUGAUCGUAUCGCCACCAUCUUCGAGUGUCGUGGUAGUGCCGCCACCGCCGCCUCCUCCGCCGGUCACCACCGUACCGACGGUCAUUCCUCCACCGGCGACAACGCCGGUCAUCAUACCACCGUCGAGCCAGUCUCCUGUCAUUCCUCCGUCAAGUACUGCUGCACCGCCUCCCGCUCAACCACCACCACCACCACCACCACCACCACCCUCUCCUCCGCCGGCAGCACCCACCACUGUCGUUACAUCGACCACGACGAACGCAGCGAUGCCUCAGAGCACUGCAACAGCAAGCUCCCCAGUUAAUCCCUUGGAUGCUUUGCUGCUCAGCAAUGAUGCGGGAGCGACAUCGAGACUUUCUACGACAAAUCUUUGUAUCGUUCUCCUCUCGAUUUUGAUCCUCGCGUGGUAG